AAAAGAAAUCCAAGUCUUACUUUCAAAGCACACACUUAGUCUCAACUAGGGAAUCAACAGAAGCAGAAGCGAUUUUUUUUCUCCCUUCUUGACAUCUGGCUUGUGAUUGGCUGCAAGGGGGUCAGCUGACUUUGUCAUUUUGUCUGUCCUGGAUUGGAGCCGUCCCUAUAACCAUCUAGUUCCGAGUACAAACUGGAGACAGAAAUAAAUAUUAAAGAAAUCAUAGCCCGACCAGGUAAAGGCAAAGGGAUGAAUUCCUACUUCACUAACCCUUCCUUAUCCUGCCACCUCGCCGGGGGCCAGGACGUCCUCCCCAACGUCGCCCUCAAUUCCACCGCCUAUGAUCCAGUGAGGCAUUUCUCGACCUAUGGAGCAGCCGUAGCUCAGAACCGGAUCUACUCGACUCCCUUUUAUUCGCCACAGGAGAAUGUCGUGUUCAGUUCCAGCCGGGGGCCGUAUGACUAUGGAUCUAAUUCCUUUUACCAGGAGAAAGACAUGCUCUCAAACUGCAGACAAAACACCUUAGGACAUAACACACAGACCUCAAUCGCUCAGGAUUUUAGUUCUGAGCAGGGCAGGACUGCGCCCCAGGACCAGAAAGCCAGUAUCCAGAUUUACCCCUGGAUGCAGCGAAUGAAUUCGCACAGUGUGUGUUUUGUGCCCGGGUCUCUAGGGGUCGGUUACGGAGCGGACCGGAGGCGCGGCCGCCAGAUCUACUCUCGGUACCAGACUCUGGAACUGGAGAAGGAAUUUCACUUCAACCGCUACCUAACUCGGCGCCGGCGCAUCGAGAUCGCCAAUGCUCUGUGCCUGACCGAGCGACAGAUCAAAAUCUGGUUCCAGAACCGCCGGAUGAAGUGGAAAAAAGAAUCUAAUCUCACGUCCACGCUCUCAGGGGGCGGCGGAGGGGCAACCGCCGACAGCCUGGGAGGAAAGGAGGAAAAGCGGGAAGAGACAGAAGAGGAGAAGCAGAAAGAGUGACCAGGGCUACCCUCGCACCCCUCUGUCCUCCCUUGCUCAUCCCAGCUCCCCGAAUCACACACUCUGUAUUUAUCACUGGCGCAAUUGAUGUGUUGUGACUUCCUAAAACAAAAUAGGGAGUCAGACGUGGACC